AUCAUCACUAGACGUCGGCCUGGAUAAAUUUCAAUUUUUUUUCUUCAGAAAAACGGAGGCCAAUGCACUUUCGACAUAGUCAAAUAGAUUAAAUUUGUUGUUAUAUACAUUCUUGGGACUACUGAUCCAGGAGUAGAGCGUCAGAGAGCGUCAAUGGCCAAUGGCAACAAUGGCAAUACAGAGGAUACGGUUAAUCGACAAGAACAAGAGCAACAACAACAACAUAGUGACCUGACAGGAGGAGGAGGAGGUGGUGUUGUUAGAGAGGGUGGUGGUGGCGGUGGCAUUGAAGGAGGAGGAAGUGAGCUAGCUGCAGAUCUAGUUGGAGGCGGCGGCGAUGGACAAAUAAAGCUAGACAAUGAUGCCCUAACGAGCUCCCAUGGCGGAGUGAAUGAUCUUGUUGCCGAUUUAUGUCUUAAGUCGGGUGUUAUUGGUGGUGGCUAUAGCAGCUAUAUGGAUAACAGAGCUUGCACAUCAUCAUCCUCCUCAUCUGUGGGUGGCGGAGCAGCGCCUCCCUCAUCAUUCUCGUUUAAGCAUUUUCUCAAUAGUAGUGGAACAGUGACAGCUCCCUCCAGCACGGUUACAUCUGUGGACACGGCAGUACAGACAUCAACAGGAGCCAGACCGAAGGUUCCGCAAUCUGUUUCAGCAUCCUAUAUGCAAGGAACUCCAGAAAAUGGAGGUAGUGGUGGUGGUGGCGGGGGUGGUGCAUCUUCUGCGUCCUCGAAAAUGAAGCGUUCGCCACGCUUCAGUUCCUUUGACUCGCAGGCGAGUCUUGCGGAAUAUGCAGCAUGUGGUUCAGGACCUGGUAUCACUGGAAGUCGUAUCCAGCGUCCUGACCUUCGUCUCCAUCAAAAUGAAGAUUUUGAUAGCGAUCAUGUUGCUUUGUCCCAAGUGCGCAAUACCCGUCUCUAUGAUGAGCGGUUGGGAGACGAUGAUAUUUUCCCAUCGGCUGCUUCAAAUUUACAGACAUCAAGUUCGGGUCAUACGCGAUAUGUGCCACGAUCUUAUUCCAGUUACGAUACGGCAUGUUCCUCCUCAUCAACGUCAAUCGGAUCAUCGUCAUCGCCACGUCGCCGUCCUUUGUCUGGGAAUCGGGACUUGCGGCCAAAUCGUUUGGUUUUAGCAGCUCCGCCUCCCAAAUUAAAACUAGAUUUGCCCUUAGAUAUGGCCAAAACCAGUACAGCGAGCGGAUCCUCCAAUGGUGGUGGUGGUCUACCAGAUUUUGUGCAAGACCAUUUGCCCGAUGGUGCGCCCACCUGGUGCUCGCCACCGAAUUCACCUUUAGGUGCUGCCGAGGCACCGCUUGAUCGAGCAAUCGGCGCCCUUUCCCUGCCUAGUGCUGCCCAAAGCUGUAGUUCUCUACCAGCUCCGCCAAUAGAAGCACCGUAUUCCCUCUUUACAGCUGCCCUUCCCGUUUCAUCGUCUUCGGAGCUAGGAACUGGAUCAACUGUGAAAAUGCUGCCAGAUUUCUUAGCCGAUGGCCCUAUCCUUCAUUCGUCCCAACGUCUGGCUGAUGUAGCUAUCGGUUUACCUUUCAAUUCAAUGGACUCGCCACCGCCGCUCCUACAGCAGCAGCAGCAGCAACAACAACAGGAAGCAACUGCGGCACUGCGGCUGGAAAAUGAACGACUGCAGCGUGAGUUGCAGGAAUUGAGAGUGGAACUACAAUCGCAAUCGAGACGAGCCCAGGAUUCUGAACAGCAGUUGUUCCAACUGGUCGAGGCGCAACGACGCCGAGAAGCCAUGGCUAGCAGUGCAAAUGCUCAGACUACCCAAAGGUUAAGGCGUCAGGUGGUUCAACUGGAGGCCGAGCUUCUUUCUAUUCGUGCCAGUGGUGGUGUGAAUAGAAGCUCCUCAGAUGGCGCUGUAGGUGGUACAGCUAGCCUGGAUGGAGUUGGAGGUGAAAGCAUUCUUAACACUCCAGGAGGUGGCAGUAUCAGCAAUAGUGGUGCAAGUAGCUCCACAACAACAACAACAACACGCCCUCCGUCCAGAACGCAUCAAUUAUCAAGAGAUUUACUGCGUGCAGCUGAUAAUGCCGAACAGAACUUAAGACAACUUCUGGUUGGUGUGGAUAAUCUCAGACAAAUGGCAGCCAAUUUGGAACAGCAGCCAGGAGUUCAGCAACAGCAGCAGCAGCAGCAGCAACAACAACCACAGUCAACAUCAACGCCCAGAAGUCCUGAUCCCUAUACUGAUUUUAACUAAAUAACAGCCAGACAGCAGUAUCCCAACCCCUCUCCCCCCUCUCUCCACCCCCUCACCAGUCCCCGAGGAAAUCGUAAAUCCUUCAAACAAAUUAUUAUAGCCACUCUAUUUAGCGCUUUAUCUUUAGGUUUGUUUAGUUUUUAAUGUCUCAAUAAAAUUUUUGGUUGCUUGGACGUGGACAUAGAUAAA